CAGAGAGAAACCACGAAGAUGCAAGAAAAACAUAUAAAAAGUGAAUUUCUUCAACUUGACACAGAAGAAUAAAAGUUUUUCUUCCGAUUGUAACGACGGUGGUGAAUGACAUGGUUCGUCCGUCGGUAAAACUCGGUUCCGCCAAAUUGGUUGUGAUCUGCGUCAGUCUUCUAGGUUUCGCUCUCAUUGCCGAUUUUCUAUGGGCAUCUUCAUCUCCAUCUUCUUCUUAUUUCCCUCGUUCCACUUUCAAAACCUCCACAAUCAUCAUCCCCAAAGAGAAAGAACAAAAGAAGAAAAAUUCUGUAAGAUUACUUGCAGAUGCUUAUGCAGAUUUACCUGCUCCUCAACUCGUUUGGGAAAAGAUGAAAACUUCACCUGUUCCUAGACUUGAUGGUGCUGCUAUUCAGAUUCGUAAUCUUUUCUUCGUUUUUGCUGGUUAUGCCGACAUUAAUACUGUACAUUCUCAUGUUGAUAUAUAUAAUUUUGAUGAUGGAACUUGGGGAGGACGUUUUGACAUGCCAAAAGAAAUGGCACAUUCACAUUUAGGAAUGGCGACAGAUGGAAGAUACAUUUAUAUAGUCAAUGGGCAGUAUGGCCCACAAUGUAGAGGUCCCACCUCUGAUACCUUUGUACUUGACACAGAAACAAAGCAAUGGAGCGGUCUCCCUCCUUUGCCAGUCCCUAGGUAUGCGCCGGCAACUCAACUUUGGAGAGGUCGAUUGCAUGUAAUGGGUGGCAGUAAAGAGAAUAGACAUACACCUGGAUUAGAACAUUGGAGUCUUGCUGUCAAGAAUGGAAAAGCAUUAGAAAAGGAGUGGAGAAGUGAGAUACCCAUUCCCCACGGAGGACCUCACAGGGCUUGUGUUGUGGCUAAUGAUCGUCUUUAUGUUCUUGGUGGUCAAGAAGGUGAUUUUAUGGCCAAACCUGGGUCACCUAUUUUUAAGUGCUCGCGUAGGAUGGAGGUGGUCUAUCCUGAUGUUUACAUGUUGGAUGACGAGAUGAAGUGGAAAGUGCUACCUCCAAUGCCAAAACAAAACUCACAUAUUGAAUUUGCAUGGGUGCUUGUAAACAAUUCCAUUGUUAUUGCUGGAGGCACAACAGAGAAGCACCCUGAAACUAAGAAAAUGGUUUUAAAUGGAGAAGUGUUCCAGUUUAACUUGAAUACUUUGAAGUGGUCUGUAAUCGGAAAGUUACCAUACCGGGUGAAAACAACUCUAGUUGGAUUUUGGAAUGGCUGGUUGUACUUCACUUCAGGACAAAGAGACAAGGGACCUGAUGAUCCAUCACCAAAAAAGGUCGUUGGAGAUAUGUGGAGAACAAAAUUAAAGUUGAAUGAGUGAGCAAUUGCCGUCGAAUAGAAUCUUUUUGUAGCUUCUUUAUCUAACAAUCCGAAAUUGCAGCAAAGGUGAAGAGGCCGAUAUAUUACAUAUUCUUUAUCACUAGAAUAUUCAUUGUUGUAAUUCAGUAUUCACUGAGAAUGGCUAAUUCAAUUCAACAUUAAUAGUUGUUGUCACAGACCUUAUACAAAAGACAGAUUUACUCACCUUUUUUGAGGUGUGCCUUACACCUCCUUUACUUUGUAAAAGACAUUGACAUCCACACAAACAGUUAGGGUGGUGAGUGUUCAUGUAAGCUAUACAAGUAGUGUGCACGCUUCUGAUUAACUUUCGUAACUUUGCCCAAUUUAUACUUUUUA